UAAAUAUUUACGUCUUAAAUUUUACGUCUAUUUAUUUAGAACUCAAUACUCAGUGUUAACAAAACUAAAUAUAAAAAAUAUUUAAUAUGUCAGACAAGAAAUCAUUGAGCAGUAUUAUUAUUCAUCCUGACAUCGAACCUGGAGUAAUAGAUAAUUCUAUGCUUACUAGAUGUAUAUUAGAAUAUGGCCCCACUGAAGAAGCGGGGAGAUUGUUUGCAGAAGAAGGGGUACAUUUGGAUGAAGCGCAAAUUGUGCGUUUAGAAUUCCAAAACAUUUUAAGAAUCGACCAUCUUUGGAUGCUAAAAUCCUUACGAAAACUUACACUAGCUCAUAAUCUGAUAGAGAAAAUAGAAAACUUAGACCAACUCACAGGUCUAAAUGAAUUGGACUUGUCAUUUAAUAAAAUAGAAAAAAUUGAAAAUCUUGAUGAACUAGUCAAUCUUGAAGUAUUGUCGUUAUUCCAUAAUAAAAUACGUAAAUUAGAAAAUAUGGAUACACUUGAAAAUUUACUUGUUUUUAGUAUUGGAGAUAAUUUAAUAGAAGAUUACAAGGAGAUGGCAUACAUGCGUAGAUUUCGCAAACUGCGGUCGGUUAGUUUCAAAGGGAACCCAUGCUGUGACGAUCCGAUGACAUACCAGUUCCUCAAGUCGGCACUCACGAGGGUCACAUAUAUUGAUUAUAAAACUGUAAAUGAAGAGGAUAGAGAAAAUGGGAGAGCUCUUUUUAGGGGUUUAUUGCGUAAAUUAGACGAGGCGGAUGAAAAAUCGGAAAAAGAAAGGAUAGCUAAAGAAGAAUACGAUGCUAAAGUUGAAUUUUAUGCACUCUCAUUCGUAGAGUAUCUAAGUGGACCAGAGUUACUCGAGUCGAUGUUUGAGAAAGAUCCGGACGGAUCUCUGCUACUGAAAGUCGGCGGUGAACUUCUGGGAUUUUAUGAACAGUAUAAGGAACAAUAUGUAGAGACCAUGGCAGGUUUAGUGGACUUUGCUCAAGAUGCAUAUAAAGCAAGGCAACAUGAAAUAAAACUUUUUAAAGAUCUAGUGAAUAAUGCUUUGGAAGAUAGCGUACAAACGAGCAAAGAGGUUUUAGAAGAUUUCGAGAAGAAGAAAAAACCUCUAGUGGAGUCCAUGAACGAGGUGAUCCGGAAAUUUUCGACGAAACAAGCUACUAUCGAUCAACUUGAACCUACAAUAGUGGACUUGGGGGAGGCCUAUAACGACGUUUUAUAUGAACUGUGGAAGAGUCUUAUGAUUAUUGAAAUGCAGUUGUAUGAGCGAUGCGAGGAAUCUCGGGUUCAAUUCUCGGUGAAUAUGACGGAGAUGAUAACAAAACUGAUGGAGGUCUCGCGUAAUGCGUUUGGCGCGUGGCGAGAGAACGAGGGCGUGUGGUCAAUGCGCCAAUUCGAGUCGCUUUCCAAGUUGCUGGGUAACAAGAUCAUGCUGGGGGACGCACCACCGGAGCUGUUCGAGAUAAUGAUGGACCGCGACAUGAUGAUGAACUUGGUGGCUCAAUCAUCUGAUAAUCACAUGCGGUUCAUUGACGCACGCGAGGAUCUACUCAUGACCCGAGCGAAUAACUGGCGAGAUGAUCUUGUACAAGGAACUAAUGAUAACGAGAUUAAACGGAACCGUGAUAGAAUAUUGGAGAUAAAUUACUUCAUUGACAAUCAGAGAGAGGAGUGGACUGAUAUGCAGAUGGGUUUAACUGAGGCAGUGGAUCCAGAGACCGCAGCUUUACUGGGCGAUGAUUUCUAAGUCUUGUUCUGUUCUUUAUAUUAAUUGUGAUUGUACUAACUACGUAAAAAAUAAAAAAUAUAUAUUGUA